AGACAUAGAGGGUCUUUGGUGUGGCAAGGGUUCUGUAAUUACUUGUAAUUAAAUGAACCUGAGUGCAGCUGUGUAACAGUUAAUAUUAAUUUUGAAACGCAACUUGGUUAACAGUGAUAAUGAAAAAUGAAUUAUAAUCAAAAUAAAAUGCUGUAAAUAAACCUGGAAAAUGUUGUUUAUAUUAUUCUUCUUCUCAUUACAAAUAUUGCUUAUUCAGAUGAUUGGCUGUUCACACUAACCAAUGCACCUUUUUUAUAUCAUGUUUAAAAUUUCUUUCUCUCAUUCACAACCCUUUCAUGAAAAAAAAUAUUUCUGACACACAUUUUAUCCUGGUUUCUCAUUAUUACAUUGGAUCAUAGCAUCCCCCUAUUUGAAUAGUCUUGUGUCAAUGGCAGUGUCAUAAUACCAAGUGCACAUACUCUUCAGGACAUUUUAUUAUUCAAUUCUUGUCUUGCACUACUUCACUUUCCUUGUAAUUUCACUAUCUGCUGAGUUCUUCUUAACUGAAGCUAAAUUUAAUAAACAGCAUUCUAUUUCCAAAACCUCAACAAAUCUGAAAUGUAAAGGUUCAGAAGGUGGCUACUCAUAGGGUUUGUUAGCACUGGAAAUAUUUUCACAGAAGGAGGUACAGGUAGCUAUGUACACAGUGAGUCAUGCAGGUGAUCCAUGUUACUUAUCAAGUAUUAUACAACUCCAUCUCCAGAGAGAUAAGGCAAAAGAGCAAAAUAUAAUUGUCAUGUCAAUAUGCGCUAUAUAUGCAUUACUGGAUAUGGGCCAGGAGAUUAAAGAUGACUGACAUAAAAAUUCGGAAGAUGGCAGCCACAAGUAGUCAGGCCAGUCAGACUUGUCUGGUUUAUUUCUCAUGACAGGAUGUUCUUGAAUAAAUUAAUGCCUAUCAGAUUACGAAGGGGAAGAUUUACACUACAAAAACUCAACCUUGGAUUUAUUUUAUCACAAUAUCUUUCUCAAAAAUGUAGCUUGUGCAUGUUUGUGCUUUCUUUGUUUUGGCUGGUUACUUUCUUUUCAUCCUUCCAUACAAGCUAGGCUCUAAAUAUACAAUCAACUUCAUAUGCUGAAGAUGCAAAAAGCAAACAAUUUGAUAAAGCACAACAAGAAAAACAACAAAUGCAGAGAGAAAUUCAAGACUUAAGAAGAUGUGUUCAAGCCAAUGAGACUAAGACAGAAAAAGUAAUGCAAGAAAAUAAAGCUUUACAAAAAGAGGUCAAUGAAUACAAAAAGAGGUUGAAAAUCACGGCUCUAAAACAAAUGCGUUUCAGUGGGGUUACAUCUGAAAACCUUAAUGAUCCAUACAGAGAGACUGAGCUUAUGAAGAUGUACAAUAAUCUGAAACAGUCUUGGUUGAUACUAAGGGAACAAGCACUUCAAUCAAGGAAAAGGACAUCUGAGGAAAUCAAUAUUCUUGGUGCACAAAUCCUGCAGAAAUCUUUCCAGGUUUCCCAGGAUUAUAUAAAUAAAACAAUGGAUAGUAUUCAGCAAUUGUUGUUACUUGACCCUUGUGAUCCCCAAGAUGGAAUAUUUCAACAAGUGUGUAAGAACAACAAACAAAUCCUCCAAAAGCAACUGAGUUUCCGUGAUAGGCAUUCCUACCAAGAUGAAUUAAAGAAAAUCUACACGGAUUAUAAUUUACAGAACCCUGGAGACAGCUGUUUUCAAGGCUUUGUGGCAGAGUGUUUCAAAGUUGCAAGUUUAAUGUUCCUUCAUGAACCACCACUCUCACCAAACUGGAACAUUCCACUACAAAAGGACAAAAUGAUAUUCCCUGCAAUCACCAAUGGCUUCAGUGAACUUUACCCUGCAGAGAUUGUUUCAUAUAGUCUGGACAAAAAUGAGGAGCCAAUAUAUGAAAGGUUUAUAGUCGGACGUCUUGAGUGAAGACAGACAGCCUUAAGUUUAUAAAUUGUCUUUCAAUAGGUAGCACCCUCUGAAAUAUGGAGGUGUACCACAGAUUAUUUUUAUUCCUUACCACAGAAGCACUGACAGAUUACAAGACUUGCGCAAGGCCAGAAAAUCAUUGAAACAGCAACCUUUUGCUUUGACCUUCUCUAACUACUGUAGAUCACACAAAAUGCAUAUAUUCUAAAUCUGGUCUGAUUGGUCUAUCAUGAAGCCAAGGACAUGUACAGGGAAAUUCUACUGUAAUUGAUCAAAUAAAUAGGCAGUGAUUAUUAUAUAGCUCAAAUGAUAAUUAUGUUUUGACAGCUUCUGUCUCACAUUGCUCUGGUAAUUCUACAUUGUUACCAAGAGAUUUCUUCAGGUCAGGAACUAAUGUUACAUUUUCGUUUAUGUUUGUAAUUAUUAUUUGUGGCCUGACUAAUAACUGAAUAGACUGCAAUAACAAAAGGAAUAUUUCUAAACUAAAGAUUUGCAAAAGUGCAUCUUUUAAGCUCAGUAAGUGUCCAUAUAGAAAGGUGAAAACAGCAUGAAUUAUAGUUUUUGAGUUUGAAUAAAAAUGAAUAGAGCACACGCAGAGAAGUUUGGGAAGAGUCUUUCAUUGCAGAAAUAGGUCAGUUAGUUGUUUUUCUGUUUAAUUAUGCUUUUGUAAGGAUUCAAAUUUAUUUAAUGUGAUCAAAUCCAAGUUUAAUGUGAAAGCAAAAAUUCUGCUUUGUUAAUGUGUCAGGGACACCAUUUUAAGUCUCAAAGUUCCCCACUCUCAGAUGUCACUAUAUUUUAUAACAUGGAUAGUGUAAGAGGAGAAUAGGGAUCCUAGCAGAGAAGGAGGAUGAUUUCUUACCCGAAUUGAAAGCGAGAGCAGAAAGACAAAUGGAUUGGCUGGUGGGGCAAAAAAAUAACUUUGUGUCUGACAGGUAUCAAAUAACAGAUGGACCAACGAUACUUAGGAAUCAGGAGCAAUUCCAUCCCAGAUAUGUUAGGUGGCAGUGGUCCUCACAUGGGAACCCACUCAGGACACUCACAGGGGUGCUUGGGAUAUGGAGUUCAGAAGUGAAGCCCUGUCAGAGUCCCUGGGGAUUGAUAGAGGGAGGACCUCUGUAGUUUUUCAAUGGCCAGGAAGUGCUUCCAGGAAGACAUGGCAUUGCACUAGAAGCCUUUGUUUUGAAAGUGACCAGUUUUUAACACAAGUAUAAUGGAUUAAAGUGAAGACCACACAAAACAUGCUGCAAGAUUUUUAGGGAGGGUUACUAAAGUGUGUGCAGUAAUGGAUUGGUGUGAAUGCCGUCUCAUUAAAAUUGAUCAAAUAUGCUAAUGCAUAUGCUAAGUCGACAUGUCUCAGAUUAAAAUGUGUAUACACAUUCCACUACUAUAAAAAGCAAUAAAAUAAACAACUUUUGAAUAAAACACUCAUUGUAAAUUAAUCAUAUUGCUUAGGUUUUUUGUAAGGGAGUCAUUUUGACUCUCAAUAAAAUGUAUUAGAAGAAUUUACUUCAUUAAUAGUAUACUUCUUUUAGGCAACUUGUUAGGCAGACAUCUGAAAAUAUCAUAUUGAAUAGCUUUGUAAAUAACUCUUAAAUAAAGAGAAAACAUUUGAAACA